AUGUCGUCUGGAGGAAAGUAUGUUCGUGCCCCCGAUUUCCAAAGUGAGUCAGAAGAGUUCAAUGAUGAUACGUUGGCCAACGAGCCAGACAGCGAUGGACAGAAACGAAACCAAUACGAUACCAGUGAACCUGAAAGAGACAACGAUAGUUCGGACUCUGGGGAAGAAUCCAUUGUCACUGCGAAGCCUACCUCCGAGCUUGUCGAGGCAGAGGAAUGUGAUGCAGUCAGCUCCGAAAAUAGCACAGGAAGGAGCCCGAGUACAGAACGUCUGCCAAAGCGUUGUGAGAAUCAAGAUUAUUAUCGCCGGAUGGACCAAAUCGAAAAUACUCUUAACCAGCUAGUGAAAGCUCUAGGUUCUAAUCAGCCCCUUGGAGGAACUAACACAGUUCCACACGAGGCCGACCAUAGCUGGAAUACCGGCGAUGUUAUUGCAGGACCAUCGACAAGUGCAGCUAAUAUUCGCUGGGAAAAUAUUCUACCAUUCCCUGAUGAUGUUCCAGCGAAUAGAAUGUGGGAACAGUGGAAUCGGUUCAUCGAUCGUUUUGAGAUCGCUGCAUCCCUCUCCAACAUCAACGACCCGGUAAAGCGUGCACAAAUCCUGUUUUUAUCCAUGGGGGAAAAAUUACAAGGAAUAACCCGAGCCGCUAGACUUAGGCCAAGCCUGCUGGAGCCCAACUGCUACUCCAUCUUCGUGAAAAAUAUCGAAGACUAUUUACGUUCAAUGGUGGAUGUAACAGCCGAACACGAAGCGUUCACAAACUUGAAACAGGAGGCAAAUGAACCAACGAUUGCUUUCCAUGCACGAUUGAUGGAAAAGGUCCGCCUCUGUGGUUAUAGCAGUGUUGAUCAGGACCAGUUUAUUCGGGCCCAGUUGUUGAAAGGAAUGCGAAACAAAGAGCUGGUGAAAGCGUCACGGACAUUUGGGUACGAAACUCUUUUCAUCGUCCAAUCAGCAACUCGUGAGGAAGCAUACGCAGCAGAAACAGCUCAGACGGAGCAUCCACACGCACUCGUGGUAGCUCGGAACCACCAACCCACUCCCGUCAAAACACAGCCAUGGAAGCGGAAACUCGAAGCAACUGGUGAUAGGUGGACGCAAUCAAAGCGCCGUAGGAAUGAUAGUACAAACCGAGGAUUGGGACGUAGAUCACGCUGCCCGAAAUGCAAUCGCCUGUUUCACAAAUUUGGAUCGUGUCCGGCAGUCAACAACAAUUGCAACACCUGUGGCGAGAGGGGACAUUUCGCUGUAGUAUACCGGAAAAAAACUACCAACCACCUUCAAAUCGAACAGCACCGUUCAUCAAGAUGGUUGGAUGCCGAAGAUGACAAAAAGGCAAUAAAUACAAUCUCGUUGGCAGAUACAUUGAUCGAUUGUCGCGUGGGAUCUUCGAAUCCAAUUCGUUUCCUGAUCGACUCAGGGGCGGAUGUUAACACGAUUGGUGGAGACGAUUGGGCGAAUUUGAAACACGAGUUCCAAUCAGGCAAUGCCAAACUGGAACCCAUCCAACUGUCAAACGACAGUGAUUUGCGAUCUUAUGUGUCCAGCAAACCUAUUUCAGUUACCCACGCUUUCAAGGCGAAAAUUGAAGUAGUGGGUUGCUACAAACCAUCAAUCGAGGCUGUGUUUUAUGUCAUUGAUCAAGGUUCUCGUUCCCUACUGGGUCGUUCCACUGCAAGUGAUUUGAGGUUGCUGGAAGUCGGUAUAAACGUUAACAGCUGUGAAAAAAUGGAGCAACCCACAAAGUUCCCUAAGGUACCAGGUGUACUAGUGAAAUUCAGCAUCGAUACGACAAUACCACCGACAAAAAACGCGUACUACAACGUCCCUGCAGCUUACAGAGAAAGCGCGAGGGCGAGGCUUUCAGAGAUGGAAGUCCGAGGAAUCAUUGAGCGUGUUACAUCGGCCCCUAACUGGAUUAGCGGAAUGUCGGCAGUAGCUAAAGGCAAACAUGAUUUCCGGCUAGUCGUGAACAUGCGAGCCCCUAACCGCGCAAUUAAAAGAGAGUAUUAUCGCUUGCCGUCGCUGGACGAAAUGAGAAUUAAGCUUCACGGGGCAAAAUAUUUUUCGAAGCUUGAUUUGUCAAACGCAUUUUACCAUUUAGAACUCCAUGAGCAGUCCAGAGAUCUUACGACAUUUUUGUCUGAAAAUGGCAUGUUCCGGUUUACCCGUUUAAUGUUCGGGGUAAAUUGCGCCCCGGAAAUCUUCCAACGGGAGAUGUCAAGAAUUCUCAGAGAAGUGGAUAACAUUAUAGUGUACAUCGACGACAUCCUUAUGUUUGCGGACAGUUUAGAUCAACUCCGCAAAACGGUGUCUCGCGUGUUGAGAAUUCUAAGAGCGAACAACCUGACCGUGAAUCCCGAUAAAUGCCAAUUUGAUAAGAGUCGGAUUAAGUGGCUAGGUCACGAGCUCGACGAAAAUGGAUUCAACAUCGAUGAGGAAAAAAAUAAGGAUAUUCGGAGAUUUAGACAGCCGAACACCGUGUCCGAGCUACGAAGUUUUUUGGGGCUAGCUUCUUUCGUAAGUCCUUAUAUUCAAGGUUUUUCAAACAUCGCGAGUUCAUUGUGGGCACUUACUAACAGCUAUAAUACGUGGGUCUGGGGUCAGGAGCAUUCAAAAGCCUUUCAACAGCUGAAAGAUCAAAUCGUUCAGUGCACAACAUCUCUUGGUUAUUUUACAGAACAAGAUAGAACCAUAUUAUACACCGACGCCUCCCCGCAUGCUCUGGGCGCCGUUCUCGUUCAGGAAAAUAACACUAAACCCCUGCGAAUCAUAAGUUUUGCAUCGAAAGCUUUAACAACAACCGAGAAAAAGUAUCCUCAAAACCAACGCGAAGCUCUCGCUGCUGUGUGGGCUGUGGAACACUUCGCAUAUUUUCUGCUAGGACGGCCCUUCGUACUUCGUACUGAUUCGCAAGGUUUCACGUUUAUAUUAAACAGAUCGCGAGAGGAUUCCAAACGAGCAUUAAACCGGGCGGACGGAUGGGCUCUUAGACUCAGCCCGUAUCGCUUUCAAGUGGAGUAUGUACGAGGAAGAGAAAAUAUAGCAGAUCCGUCAUCGCGACUUUAUGAGGGAGUAGACGACCCAUUCGACGAGAGUGUUAGUCCCUGGGAGAUUGCUUCUCUUGAAAUAAAUAAAAUUGGGUUUCUAACAGAAAAAGAAAUAGAAAACGCCACAGCCAAGGACACGCAGCUUACAGAGGUAGUAGAUGCCCUUGAAACGGAUGUUUGGCCAAAGCACCUGAAGCAAUUUAAAGUACUGUGCGGUGACUUGACCAUGCGGGAAGGAAUUUUGGUUAAAACAGGUUGCGCGGUUAUACCUGAGAGUCUUCGCGAGAAAACGCUUGCGGUUGCACAUGAGGGCCAUCCAUCGUCUGCUAAAUUUAAAAGCAUUUUAAGAGAGCGUGUUUGGUGGCCCGGUAUGACCAAAGACGCAGAGGCAUGGGUGAAGUCCUGCUCGAUUUGCGCAACAAAUGGAAGACCUGAAAAGCCCACCCCCAUGACCCGUGUUUUCGCUCCAGAAACAGUUUGGGACACUAUAGGUUUGGAUUUUAACGGACCCUACUCUAAGUUUGGAGGUAUCUCGAUUUUGGUCAUUGUGGACUAUCGUUCCAGAUACAUAAUAGCUAAACCAGUAAGAUCCACGAGUUUCGAACACACCCGAAAGAUUUUGGAGGAAGUUUUCGAGAAGGAAGGCUUUCCAAAAAAUAUGAAAUCAGAUAAUGGCCCCCCUUUUAACGGGGAUGAGUACAAACGGUACUGUCUUGAGCGCGGAAUCAAUAUCACCUUUUCUACUCCAUUGUAUCCUCAACAGAACGGUUUAGCAGAGAGCUGCAUGAAGUUGGUGAACAAGGCAAUGAGUGCUGCAUCUGCAAGUGGAACAAGCUACGGAGAAGAGUUAAAUGCAACGGUUCAAGCGUAUAACGCCGCUAACCACUCCGUCACAGGGAUACCGCCAGAGGAAGUAAUGACGGGUCGAAAAAUUAAACGUGGGCUUCCUCUAAUAUGCCGUGGAAAGGCGUCAUUCGACGAUAACCUGCUUAACGCAAGAGACCUUAAAUCGAAAAGUGAAGCUAAGAAACGUGAAGAUGUUAAACGGGGCGCUCGUCAAUGUCGCAUUAUACCAGGAGACACGGUUAUUGUAGAACGCCUGCCUCGGGCGAAAGCAGAAUCACGAUUCGAUCCACGCAAGUAUACGGUAACGGAAGAACGAAAUGGGAUGCUAGUUUUGAGCGAUGAAAACGGGCAGGUUUUAAAAAGGCACGUCUCACAGAUCAAGAAAGUUUAUGAUUGGAGGCAGCCCGGAGAACAUAUCCAUUCUGAAACUCCUGUAGACAGUAACACUGAUCCGAUAUCCCCAAAAUCGCGGGCAGAAAUUCCGCAAUCUGAUUGUUUUGAGCGUCCAGUUCGAGUAAAAAGGAGACCUGGUUAUUUGGAGAACUAUGUAAGAGUUGUAAAGCAAAAUAAAUAG